GCCACAGCCAGCACAGCCAAGAGCUCCACAUCCACAGCCAAGCCUGGCACCCCCACGGCUAAAACCACCUCCACCACCCCCAGACCAGCCUCUGCCAAAGCCAGCUCUACAACACCCUCUGCUGGACGGACCCCGACAUCACAGCCCUCAAAAACUGCAACUCCCAUCAAGAAAGAUGUUACCAAAUCAGCCACCAAGAAGCCUGCAGCGGCUCCUCUCACUCGCACCUCACCAGCCAAGUCCACCAAACCUGAGACUCCCAAAUCAGCCUCCGCGUCCAAGCCAGACUCCACCCCUAAGAAGCCGGCUGCCAGCAGCAAGGCCGCAGACACCAAGAAGACGCCAAGCAAGCCCACGCCUUCAAAGGAUGUCAGUGCUGGCCCCAAGACCCCUAGUACCAAGCCAGCAGGGAAGGCUUCCACCCCUAAGAAGACUGUGGGCAGCAACACCCCCAUGGCAGUAAAGCGUGGCCCCAAACCCACAAYGGCGGCAGAGCCCGCGACUGAAGCUGGUGAGACACAGGACGCCGCUGUUGCUGCCGCCAUAGCUGCAGCUUCCUCGGCUGCUGUAGUCUCCAUAGCAACUUCGGAAGAAGCAGUGGUGGCUGCAGUCCCAGAGGAGAAGGAGACUGUGCCCCCUCCGGCCAGCCAGCCAGAGGAGGCCCCAGAGGCCUUUAUCUCUCAGCUGUCAGGUCAGCUGGACCUGGUCCACCUGGACGAGCCAGCAGACAUAGUGUCUCCCCUGGGCACCACGGUCAUGUCCCCUCCAUGCUCCCCCACUGGGCCCAUGUCCCCGGUCAGGGAGCCCCAGAAUGCCUUUGCUCUGCUGGACAUGCACGUCCAGCCAGAACCCAGGUCCCAGAGACAGUCUGCCAUGGCUCCACAGAGCCCAGUCCAGGAGGAGGUGAUAUUCCAGCCAGACCCCUGUGGCCAGAACCAGUCUGCCACGGCUCCACAAAGCCCGGUCCAGGAGGAGGUGGUAUUCCAGCCAGACUCCUGGGCCCAGAACCAGUCUGCCACGGCUCCACAGAGCCCGGUCCAGGAGGAGGUGAUAUUCCAGCCAGAC